AUGUAUGUUUACUGCGUGAUAUCCAACAUAAGUGGCACCGACAAACCCAAGCGACGAAACCCCUUGGAGUCUGAACUAUUAGCCCCUACUGUUUCAGGCAUAGUUAGACUAUUUCUAGGCGCGUUCCCGGAGCUUACCGAAAAUAUCGUGGGAGGACCAAGUCGUUGGGGUAUUAUGACAUGGAUUCACAGUCUAAGAUACAUGUACUACAUGUACAUACCUGAUAUGUAG